GUGGAGGAAGCUGGAUCCAUCCAUGGUUUCUCUCGGGCUGUUGAUUUUAUUCCCUUUCCAAUUCAUGGGCGAAUUACGGGGGAAGCAUGGGCCUACUACAACAUCUCCACCCUCUGUUUCUUCCCUCAAUACAAAAUCAUGCUACCGAAGAACGAUUAUCAUUGUUGCUAUAGUUUAAAGGAGGAGCUCCAUAUCUAUCCCCAUACCUUUCUAUAUUAUCGCUGUCAAAAUAUAACAGCACCAAGGAUAAGAAAAAAAUCCUCCACUGUCGCAUGUGUGAGAGAAGGGAGUGGGUUCAAAAGGGUCCUGCUUUUGUCGGCAUCAAAGGGCUCUUCUUUGCUUUCUUGAUGGAUGGUGGGGAAGCAGUUCAGUAGCUGCUGACAUUGAAGAAAUUAUGGAGCUUUUCUUCUUUAUUGGUGGAGGGAACCUGCAAAGCUCAUGAAUGGGUUCCUGCUAAUUUGGAGCUGUGGUGGUGGGUUUGGCUCAAUCAUUUUCACUGUAGUUGAUUUCUUCGAGCUUGGAUUUUCAGCAGUUUCAGCUCCAAUUCAGUGUAGAGGAGGGUAAUUGGAGAUCUGGGAUGAAGAGAAGUUGCAAACGUUUGAGGUUGGAUCCCUUUUUUUAUGGGCUUCAAGUUUCAUUCAGAGCUAUAAAGUUUCAUUUCUGGUUGCAGGAUCUGGUGGUGAGGUCGGAAUCCUCUAUGACUUGUGUCUCAGUGAUGGAGUGGAAUCACAAGCCUCAAUUGCAAUGGGACUGGGAGAACCUCAUAAUGUACAAUCCAAAUUCUGCAGAGAAUUCGAACCCCAAGAAGCUAGAUGGUAACUUAGAUUGGGAAUUCGUUGAUGGGGUUAGAGAAGCAGCUGAUUCUGGUUCGUUCUUCUCAUCUGGAGGCUGCUGCAAUGGCAAUAACUCUGGUUCCAUCUCUGAAUUGGGUCUUGCUGCUGGUUCUUCUUUGUCUUCAAAGUCAGCUUCCAUCACCACUUCUUCAUCCACUGGAGAAGCCAAGCCAAUCGACAAUACCGGCGAGCCUCUGCUUGGUCUAAAGCUCGGGAAACGAACCUAUUUCGAAGAUUCAAGCUGCGGGAGCAACUGUAAGGCUGCUGCUGCUAAUUUAGCAAAGAGGUCGAAGCCGAAUUGUGUCGCUGUGUUCUGCCAGGUGGAAGGGUGCAACCUCGACCUCUCGGCGGCUAAGGAUUACCAUAAGAAGCAUAGAGUUUGUGAAGGGCAUUCAAAGUGUCCGAAGGUGGUUGUUGCUGGGAUGGAAAGAAGGUUCUGUCAGCAAUGCAGCAGAGGUUCCAUAGUUUGUUGGAGUUUGAUGAGAAGAAGAGGAGCUGCAGAAAGCGGCUCUCGGAUCACAAUGCAAGGCGUCGCAAGCCACAGGGGGAGUCUCUUCGUUUCAAUCCCUCGAGGAUGCACUCCUCCAUCUAUGGUACUGAUUAUGACCUUCCAUUUCCCUUGAAAUGAAUUCAAUUCCUGUUAUAAACCUGACGAUGUUUUCGUUUAUACAGACGAGAGGGAAAGGAUGAGCUUUGGAUGGGAAAGUAGCAGGAGUCCACUGGUCCAAGGAAGAACAGGUGGAUAUUUGUUCUGGGAAGACACCUCCGGUUCCAAGUUCACAAUAACAAAGGAGUACUCCUUCAAGCCGACGACGAAUCAGCCUGCAAUUCGCUCGAUGGCUGCCACCCAUCAUCAUGGUUUGUUGCCUGCAAAGGCGAAGGGGAUAGCAACGGAUGAUCCAAGUCAAGGAAUAGAGGCGGAGGAAUCAACCAUGUCGCCAAAUGUGGAUGAUGGUGAUGAUGCUACACUGGAUCUCCACCGUGCUCUCUCUCUUCUGUCAACUAACUCGUCGUCGUGGGGCUCAUGCGAACAGCAGAGAUCAUCGACGAUAGCUUCACUUGAAGCUGCUCACGCAAGCCCUGCAGCAAGUAUGCCGCAGCAGUCCCUCUUCCGGUUGCCUCGCAUGGAACUGCAGUCAGUUGAGCCUCGGCUCCACUCUUCCCAGUCUGCUUAUGUCUGCGAUUACUCUCAUCAGUCUCAGCCACAGCAACUCUUGAGAGACCCAUAUGCUGCUGAGCUCAGUCCUGGUCAGUUGUGAUUAUCCGACAUGCGUGAAGUCGUAUCACAGUUUCCAUCGAAACUGAAGGGACACUGUGUUCUGCUUCUGGCCAGCGCGCAAUGCAAGUCUGAUGCAGCCUAAUUUUCACAGCCGGGUGAAAUACUGAAACGGGAAAGACACGAGAGGGGUGAUGGUUAUUCAAGCCGAAGUAUCAGUCAAACGAUUCUGCUAACUUAGCACCGUGGAUGGCUGUAGGAUCAUCUUUUGCGUGUAAUGAACGUUUUGUGUUUUCUACUCAUUUGCUCAGUUGCAAAAUUUAGGACACUUUCCUUCAUGUGCAAGAAAUCGGGAUUUGGUUGAUCUUCAACAGCCACGAACUUUAAUAAAUGGUAAGAACAAUUAGUUAUUAGCCCCCUAUGAUUGGACUCUUUUAUUUACCUCAAACCUUGGUUGGACGCAAAAGCUCCAACCAACCACUGUAUGUCAGUUUCUUAUUAGUGAGUUUAUUCCUC